AUGUCUACUUCAUCAUCCGCAAGUGAAGAAUACAAUUUUCUUACCAACACCGUUACGCAAAUGAACACGCUAUUUAAUCCAGAGAUCGCAAGCGUCGCUUUUGAGCUUUGUAACGAAGAAGAGUCAAACGAUAACACGUCUAGUUCGCGUGUUCCUAGAACCAGAAGGGUUUUAUCACGAGAUCAUACUGGAUCCGCGGUACGUUUAUGGAAUGAUUACUUUUCCGAUGCACCAACGUUCUCGGCCGAUUAUUUCCGACGAAGAUUUCGAAUGCGCAAACAUAUGUUUAUCCGCAUAUGCCAAGCUAUACAUAGCUUUAGCGCCAUCGAACCCCUACCCAAACACUUUCAGGUUUUUCAAAAAAAUCAAACCGAUUGCACUGGUAGGCAUGGUUUCAACAUUUUCCAAAAAUGUACUUCCGCCAUACGUCAACUGGCGUAUGGUGCUAAUCCUGACCAACUAGAUGAGUAUUUGCAUAUGGGUCGUGCAACUUCAAUGGAAUGUUUAAAUAACUUUUGUAAGUGUGUUUAUUAUUUAUAUCAUAAUGAGUACUUGAGAAAGCCGAUAAGUGAAGAUGUCCAACGUUUGGUAAGCAAGCAUGAACAGGUACAUGGUUUUCCUGGUAUGCUUGGUAGUAUUGAUUGUAUGCAUUGGGGUUGGAGAAACUGUCCAGUGGCUUGGCAAGGGCAGUACACACGAGGCGACAAAGGACAUCCAACGAUCAUGCUUGAAGCAGUAGCUUCGUAUGAUUUGUGGAUUUGGCAUGCUUCCUUUGGCCCCGCAGGUUCGAACAACGACAUCAACAUGCUUAAUGAAUCAGAUUUGUUCAAAGAUAGGGCUCCUGCACUCCAAUAUACUGUUAACGGUGAAGAGUUUACCAAGGGAUAUUAUCUAGCUGACGGUAUUUAUCCGGAAUGGGCGACACUAGUCAAGUCUUUUAAAUGCCCGAUGGAUUCAAAGAGUGGAAAGUUCAAGCGUUAUCAAGAGGCUGCAAGAAAGGAUGUCAAACGAGCUUUCGGGGUGCUUCAAGGUCGUUGGGCAAUCCUUAAACAUAAUGCCCGCCCGUUUUCGGUGAACAAAAUAAAACGUAUUAUGUAUGCUUGUGUUAUUCUACACAACAUGAUUGUUCAAGACAACGGUAACGCAAUAUCCGACUUUGAGGAAGAUUAUUUGUCCGAUCCAACUAAUGUGCCAACACGUACGUGGGAUGAAAGGGUUGCAACGCAAAUGCGGGCCUUCGGGGAGUUACGUGAUAGAAGGACGCACCAUCGACUUCGCACUGCUCUAGUGGAACAUGUUUGGAACCUCCCGGAGAAUUACCGUCAACGUUGA